AUGGACGCCGCGUCGAAGCUCCCGUCCCUCUACGCCGAGCUCGUCGCCAAGUCCUCUCGCGUUGCCGAGCUGGAGGCCAGGAUCUCGGCCCUCGAAACCGAGAACGCGGGUUUGAGGGAGGCCCUGUCGGUGGCGAGGCGAGAAGCAACGGGCAGUACAGGCGAGGAGGAGGACCCAAUCUCUCGUCGAUUGGCGCCAGUUCUACGCGGAAUCAAGCACGAGGUGGUCGAUAAGCGGGGCGGGGGCGUGGCCCGCGACGCAAUUGAGGUCAGCGACGACGAGGAGGGCGCUGCUGCUGUCGGUGCCAACAAAGGGGGAAGCCCGGAGGAGGGCGUGGGCGAAGCCGAUGCGGAGGACGCGGAGGGAGGCGGCGGAAGCAACAGGGAGAGCAGCGCGGGUCUGGAGGAUGACGAUGUUUCGGUCACGCCGCGGGGUAAGAAGCGUGGCCGUGGGGCGGCGGCGACGCGGGUGGUCACCAGUGAUAGCGAGGAUGAUGGUGGUGGUGAUGUGGAUGGGCUUGGGAGUGGCAAGGAUGACGGUGACGAUCAGGAGGGCCUCAUGAGCAGCAGGAAGCGCGCCUUUCGCCGAGUCAGUGACAGUGAGGAUGAGGAUGGCGAUGAGGGCGUAGCUCCGCAUCAGGUUGGGAGUGGGGAGGAGGAUGUGCAUGAUAUGGUUCCCAUCUAUGAAUUGCUCAAGAGGAGGGGGCCUAGUGGGGACGGUGAUGAAUCGGAUGAGGACAAAGGGGAUUCCGCUCCCGUGACGAGGUGUUCUUCUCAGUUGGUUAAGAGGGUUCCUAGUGAGGAUGAUGAUGAAUCGGAUGAGGCCAAAGGGCAUUCCGCUCCCGUGACGAGGCGUUCUGCUCGGUUGGUUAAGAAUCAGUCAAAAUCCAACCGCGUGUUCCGUGGAGUCAGUGACAGUGAGGAUGAGGAUGGCAAUGAGGGAAUAGCUGCGCCUCAGGCUGAGAGUGGGCACAAGGAGGAUGUGGUUGAUAUGGUUCCCAUCUAUGAAUUGCUCAAGAGGGUGCCUAGUGAGGAUGAUGAUGAAUCGGAUGAGGCAUGCCCUCCUGCAACGAGGCGUUCUGCUCGGUUGGUUAAGAGGGUGCGUAGUGAGGACGAUGAUGAAUCGGAUGAGGCCAAAGGGCAUUCCGCUCCCGCGACGAGGCGUUCUGCUCGGUUGGUGAAGAAUCAUUCAAAAUCCGACCGCGUGUUCCGUGGAGUCAGUGACAGUGAGGAUGAGGAUGGCAAUGAGGAAAUAGCUGCGCCUCAGGCUGAGAGUGGGCACAAGGAGGAGGAUAAUAUGGUUCCCAUCUAUAAAUUGCUCAAGAGGAUGCCAAAAGAGAGGGCGAGUGAGGAUGGUGAUGAAUCAUACGAGGCCAAAGGUCAUUCCGCUCCUGCGACGAGGCGUUCUGCUCGGUUGGUUAAGAAACAGUCAAAAUCCGACCGCGUGUUUCGUGGAGUCAGUGACAGUGAGGAUGAGGAUGGCGAUGAGGGCAUAGCUGCGCCUCAGACUGAGAGCGGGGACGAGGAGGAUGAUAUGGUUCCCAUCGAUAAAUCAUGCAAGAGGAUGCCAGAAGAGAGGACGAUGAUUCUCAUGGAGGAAUCCUGUGACGAAUCAGAUGAACCAUCUGUUCUGAAUGAAAAAUCCUCUCCAGGACUAGAAAUGUCUGAUGGUGAGGUGGACUAUAAAGAUGUUAUGGCUUGCAUUGGCCGUAAAAAGAAAGCUAAAGAGUGGGAUUAUGAGGCAGAUAUGCUAGCAGCAUUUGGUGAACAUCCUGAGCUUUGCUUGAAGGCUGUUUGUGCCAUCUACCGGAAGGGAUCUCGCAUAGCAGAAUUUCUUUUGGAUGGUGAUCGGGUUGGUCCACUGAAGAAGACCGUCUCAGAUUUGGACGAGUAUGAUCGUUAUGCUUUUGAGUUCUGUCGCAAGGUGGCUUCACACUACUCAAAACAACUUUUUGCAAUUUACCAGAACAAGGAGGACCCUUACUUUCAUCCAUAG